UGAUUCUUGCGUAACAACAGAGCGGAGCCCGCAUUGAAGAAUCCUUCGUCAGAUCCGGGCUAAUUUCUUUCUUUUUCAUUCCCCUCGGCUUUUCCACUUGCCGGAGAUUCCCGAAGUCUAGCCGAAUCCUCGUCAUCAGCCUCGGCGAGGAAUCGAGAGAGAGAGAGAGAGAGAAAGAAAGAUAAACGAGGGUGGUUCGGGAUUAAAAAGCAGCGCCGUGAAAUUAAGGAACGUUAUUUACAUUUUAGUGCUGAAAAAAAAGACUAUACGAGUCGAAGGUCUAGCGGAGUAUAAGAGACGCUUUCUUUGGACAAUCUCCUACAUGCUCCAAUCAGACCGCUAAUAAUAAUAAUAAUAAUUCUAAUAAAAUAUUAUUGCACCAAAAAAUCGGAUUAUAGCGUUGAAUACAAGACAGGAUAGAAAAAAAGGGUGUAUAUCGCCGGUUAUAUAAAUAAUUAGCCAUCCACCGGCCAUCGGUUUACAGCAAGAGGUGGAAUAUAUAAAUAGAUAUAUUUUUCCCCCCACGAAGAAAGAGAGGGGGGGAGAGAGAGAGAGAAGGAACGAGAACGAACGACUGCCUUUGUUUUUUUCUGUCGGAGGUGAUUUAAUUAAAACCAGGAGUCGAUGUGAAUCCAGCCACAAGAAGACAAGACGGGAAAAUCGAUUUUCUUUUUUUAAAAGGACGUGUUUAAAUAAACAAGCGACGCCGCUGUGGACUCUCUUUAUAUAGAUACAUAAAAACCACAGGACCGGUUUCAUCAUUCGUGUCGCGCAGGCUGGACAUUGAUCUUCGCACAUUGAAAUCAUCACCAUAUUUAUAACCCGAUAUAUUUUGUUAUAAUCUAUCCAUUGGCUGUUCCAUUGUUUCCCCCACACCUCCAUUACUUCUGCUGCAGGAUUGCAAUUUCCACGCGUGUUUUUUUUAAGUUUUCCUGCGUUUCUUUUGAACGGAAUUUUGUGUAGUUCACACCCGCUGGUAGUAUAGCAUUGAAUUCAGAUAUAUUUUAUAUUUAUUUGUGUUUUUUUUCCCCCGCCCGCUGGUUUUUGUUUGUGGUUGUUUUUCAGAAACACGCCGUCUUUUGUUUCAUAAUAAUAAUAUUAUAUUAUUAUUAUUAUUAUUAAUAACAGCGCCGCUAACAAUAAUAUUCUGCACAUUAUAUCCCAUAAGCAUUGAGAACAGUAACCUUAUCCCAGCCUUUUUAUUUUAAUAAAUACACAUCGAUUUAUUUAUUUAUUUAUUUAUUUAUUUAGACUGUGGGGUGUGUACCUUUCUCGCUUGCAAACAUACAUACGUACAUAUAUAUAUAUUUUUAAAAAAUAUUAUUAUUAUUAUUAUGUCGGCCGAGGUCGUUUCCAACAUUAUGAUGCCGGGAGCUCGGGUAAUGUUAGACCGGGAAAGGGACGUUGAUAACCCGGCCCAAGCUUUAUCAUCGUCGCCCGGGAGCGGUUUGAGCUCCACCCGGGGAAUCAAGCGAGGAGAUCCGGACUCCGAGGCGUCUUUGGCGGCCAGUGCGAUGAACGCGGCCGCGGCGGAGUGCAAGAGGCCUCGCAUGGACGGAGGACUGGCUGCCGGAGAGAUUUCACUGAGUGACCCUUUGACCUCCGGUUACCACGGAUACCAGCCCAUGCACAGCCAGGGCACUCAGGAUCCUGCAGUUGGGACGGACGGUUUGCUGCCCCCUCCUUUCGCUGCCUUCCCUCCCCCGCCCCCCCCUCAGAACGGGCUGGGGUCAGAGUUCAUCGUGCCAGAGUUCCCUGGGCAGGAUCUGCCCCUCAGUAUGUACGGGGCUGCUCCGGGGCAAGCGCAGGGGGAGAGCGGGGCAAAUAACAGCCAGGGGGGCAACAACACCAACAACACAGGGGGCAGUGUGAGCAACAGCAACGCAGGCACCAGCGCACAGACAGACGGUUCAGCCCAGACAGACGGACAGACAGAUGGACAGACUCUGUCCCCCGACAGUGUGGACCCCAAAGCCACCCCCAAGAGGCUGCACGUCUCCAACAUCCCCUUCCGAUUCAGGGACCCCGAUCUCAGGCAGAUGUUUGGGCAAUUUGGGAAGAUCUUGGAUGUAGAAAUCAUCUUUAAUGAGAGAGGCUCCAAGGGGUUUGGUUUUGUCACAUUCGAGGCUGGUGAAGAUGCUGAGAAGGCGAGGGAGGCUCUGCACGGCUCUCUGGUCGAGGGGAGGAAGAUCGAGGUAAAUAACGCGACGGCUCGAGUCAUGACCAACAAGAAAGUGGUCAGCCCUUACGCUAAUGAAAUAGGUUUCUGGCUGCAGAAUACUAAGGACAGCUCUGCCUUGAAUAUUGUCCCAGGAUCAACAGCCAGCCCUCAGGAAAACCACUGGGGUUGGAAGUUGAGUCCAGUCAUGGGUGCUGUCUAUGGCCCAGAGCUCUACGCAGCUCGGAGCGAACUGGGACUGUUCCCUGGCUUCCCGUAUCCCACCGCUGCCACCACUGCGGCCGCUGCAGCGUUCAGGGGGGCUCACUUGAGAGGACGUGGGAGGACUGUGUACAGCACAGUGAGGGCAGCCGUGCCCCCGACUGCGAUACCAGCGUACCCAGGUGUGGUGUAUCAGGAUGGGUUUUACGGAGCUGACCUGUAUGGGGGCUACGCUGCGUACCGAUACGCUCAGCCCACCGCCGCGGUAACCGGGGCAACCGCUGCAGCCGCCGCCGCGUAUAGUGAUAGUUACGGCCGGGUGUUCACCACAGACCCCUACCACGCCCUCGCACCGGCAGCCGCUGCAGCGUACGGAGUGGGAGCCAUGGCGAGUUUGUACCGGGGUGGGUACAGCCGGUUCGCCCCGUACUGAUUUGAACCCACGGUGGAGGAGCACAGCGCCCCCUGUCUGCAACAUUAACCUGAGCAGAAAUGGAGGAACUCCACGAAAUCAACAAACCAACCAACCAGCUCAACACAGGGAUGGAAACAAGACUCCCAUCGCUCUCCAGCAACGAAAACACAAGGACAUCAACCGAUAACAAGACUCCCAUCGCUCUCCAGCAACGAAAACACAAGGAAAUCAACCUAUAACAAGACUCCCAUCGCUCUCCAGCAACGAAAACACAAGGACAUCAACCGAUAACAAGACUCCCAUGGCACAGCAGUUUGAGAGCCAGUCCAGGUUUUACAUGCAUUCUGAGAGCUCAAUAAUAAUAUUAUUAGUAAUAAGACUCCCAUCGCAUAGCAGUUUGAGAGCCAGUCCAGGUUUUACAUUUGUUCAGACUGAGAGCUUCAUUAUUAACCCUAAUAAGACUCCCAUCGCAUAGCAGUUUGAGAGCCAGUCCAGGUUUUACAUUUGUUCAGACUGAGAGCUUCAUUAUUAACCCUAAUAAGACUCCCAUCGCAUAGCAGUUUGAGAGCCAGUCCAGGUUUUACAUUUGUUCAGACUGAGAGCUUCAUUAUUAACCCUAAUAAGACUCCCAUCGCAUAGCAGUUUAUUAUGAAGCUCACAGAAUGGAUGUAAAAUCUGGACUGGCUGUCAAACUGCUGUUUGUUUCCAUCCCUGUAAAAAAAAGAGAGAGAGCGAUCAUCAAACUCUAGAGAGAGGAGGGAAAGAAAAACAGAGUCUUUUAUACCUCAAUUACUUUCUCCUUAAAUGAAAAAAAGACAAAAAAAACCAUGUGUUUCCUUCUUCAUUACCCUUAUACAUAUUCCCAUUAUUAUUAUUGUUUAUGAUUACUAUGAUUAUUACAGUAUAUAUAUUUCUGAGUUCCAAAGAGUUUUUUUGUUUUUUGUUACUGUGGUAUAUUGCAAAGCAUUUUCUUGUGUGUUAUAAAUUUGAGGGGGAGGAGCUAUAGGGCUGGAGGCGGGGUUUAGAGAAGCUGUCAUAGAAUGCUGGGGCUGGACUGAGCCAUUCCUCAAGGCUGUAAGGGGGGAGGGAGGGUUGGAUUAUACCAUUAUAUGAGCUAUAGGCAAGGAACCGGUGGAAUUCGCAUUCUUAUAACACUAAAUAUUUUGUUUUGUUGUGCAAGACUUUAUUAUUAUUAUUAUUAUAAUUUUUUUGUAACCUUCGCCCUGGCAUAAGUUUGCUGCAAAUGUGAUUUUUGUUUCUACCCCGCCCCCAUCCAAAAAUUAUGAAUUUCAAAUAGUUUUAGUUUUAAAUCAUGUCCAUAAAACUUUCACUUGCUUAUUGCUGUUAAACUGAAUUUCGGAUAUAUUUUUUUUUUGUACUCGGUUUAGUUUCAAUCACGCUGAUGAAGGCACUAGAGCCCCAAACUAGAGCUGGUCUGCUGGACUCAGUUUAGUUUCAAUCACGCUGAUGAAGGCACUAGAGCCCCAAACUAGAGCUGGUCUGCUGGACUCAGUUUAGUUUCAAUCACGCUGAUGAAGGCACUAGAGCCCCAAACUAGAGCUGGUCUGCUGGACUCAGUUUAGUUUCAAUCACGCUGAUGAAGGCACUAGAGCCCCAAACUAGAGCUGGUCUGCCGGACUCAGUUUAGUUUCAAUCACGCUGAUGAAGGCACUAGAGCCCCAAACUAGAGCUGGUCUGCUGGACUCAGUUUAGUUUCAGUCACGCUGAUGAAGGCACUAGAACCCCAAACUAGAGCUGGUCUGCUGGACUCAGUUUAGUUUCAGUCACGCUGAUGAAGGCACUAGAGCCCCAAACUAGAGCUGGUCUGCUGGACUCAAUCACAGUGAUGUUCCCUCAGCUUUACCAUCAGUGCAUUUUUUUUUUCGUUUUAAAUAUCAAUGCAUUGAAUUCUUGAACUGCAAUCAAGAUUUUCAGCAUUGGCCCGACCGCCUCCCACCCUCUUUUUCAACCUCGCACAAUAAUGAACAUUUCAAUGAUUUUAGUUUCCCUUGUACAGUAUGCAGCAGGCUCUCCAAUUAUACUGUGAGAUUCAUGAUGUUGUUUGAAAUCAGGUUUUGAAAAAAAACUAUUUUUUAAAUGCAAAAGACUUGCUUAUUUGUUCUCCUUUGUGAAAAAUCAUGUGGUUUUUUCCCUGUUCGCAGUCUAGUCAAAGUGUGUAUUUAUUGUAAUAUACUCUAUAUGGGGUGAGAGUGAAAUUGAGAAGUCGGGUGCAGUUCAUACCCCCAGCCAGCAGGUGUCCCCGUGACAAGGCUUUGACAUGUCAAUAGAAGCCAGCUCGGCCAAUGGGAGACCGCGGGACGUGGUGGGGGGAGUGAAAAGGAAGUAGGACAGGAAGUCGAUUCUUUAAUCGCCCUUUGAACUUCCUGUAGAAAUAAAAUGGAGAAUAAUGUCUUUUUUUUUUUAAAGCAAUGCAUAGACUUGUUUCCGUUUCGCGUUUAUUUUUUACGUUCAACGUUUCUUCAAUGCUCGCCGAAGGCAUCGUAUAUUUUUGUUUCAAAUUUCUUCUUUUUAUGACUUUUUUUUUUUUCAAUGUAUAUAAAUAUUUUAGUUUUAGAAAUGUUACAGCGAGGAAACAUUCGCAAACCAAAAUUAAAUAAACAUUGUGUAAAUAAAAUCAAACGAAAAAAAUUUCAAUCUUGACUGACAGAGAAACAGACGGACAGAAUCCUGGUGUUAUAAUAAUAAUUGAAAAAAGUCCCCCUUUUCAGUUUGCCGUUCUGCACCGCUACUGUAGAGCGGAGAUGGACAAGGUGCUGUCUGUCCUGUUCUGAAUCGUUUAAUCAAACCAAUAAAAUAAACCUCCGUCCAUCCAGACCCUGAAGUCGUUCAUGAUCUUCCCUGUUAAACCCGGAGUAGAAUAUCCCUCCAGGUCUUGAUUGAUUUGAUUUAGACACCUCCCUGCUGUAGAGCUUACUCUAAAAGCUGCUCUUGGUGUCUCAACGCCCUGUAAUGCCCCUAACCUCCACCAGGAGGAGACUAGCACACAUUACCUCUGUCUUCUUUAAACUCCUGCAAUUCUGAAGCAGCUGAGUUCUAACACUAAGCACUAAGGGAGGCUGCAUUACAAUCACUGCCUGGGCUGAUGUGUUAUAAAGUUGAGGGAACUUGGUUUCAGGAGAGGGGGUUUCAAGUCACGGCACGGCACCCCGGAUGAUAUUUCGGGGUUCGAUACAGCAAUCUCAAACUAGGUCUCCUGGAACCUGGUUUCAAGCCGCAUGUUCCUGAAAAAGUGGCUUUGUUUUUUCCCUCUGUAUUUAGACACUAAAGUUACAAUGCAAUAUCAUGCAGUCCACUAGAACGCAUCGCUUCCCUUUUUGUAGGUGCAGAGCGCUGGCUGGUAAAUCCUUCUGCAUCGUGUCUGUGGAUCUGCGGUCUGUAACAAUGACAGCAUGUUAAAGCUGGACACUAGAAUGCGUUGCCUCUUGGUGCCACUGCCUGUUUUUACACACUAGGGGGCGGAGUUUAGAACCGUUUUAUUUUAAUUGCCUUUUUUAAAAAAAUAAAUAAGGCAAGCCCCUCCCACUGUGUCUGGCGUCACAUUGUGUGUAUUUAAAUGACACUACGUUAUGUACAUGGAUACAAGUCAACUUGAUUUGAUCUGAGUCAGUCGAUGCUUUUGAGACAGUGUCUGGUACAACUGUACAAACUACAGCCAUACAGCAGACUGACUACAUGUACAUAGACACAUUUUUUGCUUCGUUUUUGUUUUUUUUUAAUUUUGUGUUGUAAUUUUCUGACGUUCUCUAAAGGUGCUGCUCUUGAUGUAGCCGCUAGGUGGCAGCGUUCUGUACCGUGGCCUGCUCUGAGUGUAUACACUAGGGGGCGGUUAGCAGAGUUAAGACCUGACUCUCAAGACUAGAGAAGGUGAUGUCUUGUUUAGCUCUACUUGCAGUGGCUGUUGUGUACACAAGGGGCAGUGUGGAGUUUAGACCGGACUGUUUCGGUAGCAGUGUUUUUUGUACCGCUCUACUUGCAAUAACUGUUGUGUACACUAGGGGGCAGAGUCCUCUAGCAGACUGUCUGUCUUGUUUUGAAACACCAGGAUUCGGUGUGGUGGGGGUUUCCCUAAUUUAUUAUUCCAAUUAUAUAUAUGUGUGGUUUUAUUGUGUGAAUGUUUCCUUGCUGCGUUGUAGCUGAUACGGUAUAGAAAUCACAUAACCAUGCAGUAUUCGAUGGGGUUUUUUCUCUCCCUCCCGGAAAAAUAAAAUAAAUACAACGUAGCUGUACGUCGUGACGGUAGAGUCUCGUAGGGUUUUAGAAUUUUAUUUUUUGGUUUGUUUUUUGUUUUUUUGGGAGGAUUGUUGUGUUUUUUUUUUUUUUUUUUUUAUUUUUCUGAAUUUCUACCCGUAUAUAACUUAUUGAUCAUUCUGUACCUGGCUUUUUAUAAAUCUCCGGUAGUCUCUCUGUGUGUGUGUGUGUGUGUGUGAGAGAGAGAAGGGGAAGAGGGGUUCUAUUGAUUCUCCUCAAAUUCUGACCCCCUCCUCCUGCCGCACCACCACCACAAGCCUCCGGGGGUGUAAGAGAGCACUGUUUUUAAAUAAACUCUAAAAAAAGA